UGACCAUAGAUCACAAAGUUUGAAAUUAAUCUAACCCUACUUUUCUGACGUUCAUACAUAACGAUAAAUAAACAUUAGAAAUUGUUAAGAAUGUUUAGAACAGUAUUAUCUUAUUUUUGGAAAGAUAAUUCUUCAGAAUUUUCUGUGGAUAACGCAUAUAAACUUUUGGAGAAAUCAUGUGAAAACGACGUAAAAAAGGAAGAUGAUAUAUGCGAAGAAACAGAGCAAGAAUAUUCAACGUAUCACAAAACUGGUGUAGUGACUUCUGCCAAAAAGAAUACAUUUAUUAUCGAUAAUACCUACCGAUUUGAGUGUGAUGUGAUAAAUCUAAAAGUUGGAAUGAAAGUAUCUUUUGUAGCAUAUUUUGCAGAAGGCAAGACACAUGUGUCCCAUGUAAAAGUUUUGGAUGACGAUUGGAACUUGGAAGUAGAUGAGGAAAAUCGAUCUUGGUGUACUAGGUCACUAAUUACGAAAGUAGUAAAACGAGAAAAUAGAAAGAUCCACAUAUCACCUGGCGAUUUUAUAAUAAAUUUAAAUAAAGUACAUUCUGAGUUUGUUCCUAUUGUUGGUGACUGGAUAGAUCUGCAAGUGAAAGUGGAAGUGGAAUGGCAAGUGGCUGAUUUGUUUGGGAAAAUAUUGGAAGUGGAAGCAAUAAGACCAUUGCGACCAAGAGUUCUUCAAGGAGUUAUUAAAAAGUGGGAUCAAAAUAAAGGAAUGGGUGUAAUUGACAAUAAGAUCUUUUUUAAUAGUGAGAGUUUAGUUGGCGGUUAUACACCUUUAGUUAACGAUAAAGUGAUCACAGAAGCAAUAGAAAGUGAACAGGGUAUGUAUAUUUGGAGGUCAUUGAAGAUAAUUCCUCAAACUAAUAAGCAACAUGUAAAUGAUUUUUUUUAUAAAUUAUGUGAUUCUGAAUAUGAAACUGACGUGGAGGGUGUUAAUAUUUCUGAUGAUAUUUAUUUGAAUGUUUCUGAGAAUAACAAAACAUAUAACUUUGUUUUUGAAAUUACAAAUAACACAAAAGAUUUACUGAUAUUGUUAAAUGCAUAUUUUUCCAAUAAAAGUAGUCCAUUUAAGAUAAGUACAACAUUUAAUGAAAAAGGUUUAGAAAUUAGCGCUGGUCAGAGUUUAAAAAUAGAAUGUGAAUGUUUUGUUGUAUGUACAGCAUCAAAUUUGAUAUUAUUUGACUUUGAAAAGUUUAAAAUUGGCCGCCAAGUUACAAUAAAUUAUGAAACUAACAAACAACCAUAUGACAAAGCUAAGCAUGUUCAUGGCAACAAUUUGCUAUUACAAGCUAGAAUGUUUACUAACAGGAAAUCUAAGGAUUUAAUUCCUGGACAAAAAGUUGUCCAAACUCCUAGAUUUAUUUCUGCAAGAUUACCAGAGUAUCCUGUACCUGAGAAACUAUUCAACAUAAUUUUAAAGCAUAAUUCAUUCAAUGACAACCCACAACUUAGUCAAGAAUUAACUUCAACUAAACCUUGUCUUACUGCUUCCCUGACUUUAAGUAUAUAUGAAGAUAAAUUUCACACUUUGUUACAUUUGGAGGAGAUAUAUAAUUUGAUUGCAAUUAGAACUUACGACCAAGAUGCAGCAUGUUUUAUUAGAAAUGGGGAAUACUUGAUGCUAGAAAUUGAAAAUUUGUCUGAACGAAGGCCUUCAAUUAUUGUUGGAGACAGGAUUAUAGCAAAGGAUUCUUAUAAAAAUGAUGCUGUUUCAUAUGAAGGGUAUGUGCACAAAGUUGGAGCCAAACAUAUAUACAUAAAAUUUGCCCCAAUGUUUCAUGACUCCUAUGGAGGAGAAGAUUAUUCUGUUAAAGUUGUGAGUUCACGGACAACUUUUAGACGUCUGCAUCAAGCAGUUGGUUUGGUCGUGAGAAAUUUGGGAUCUACAAUCUUAUUACCUACAAAAGUAGUUGAGAAGGCGCCGCAGCUGAAUUUUACCUAUGAUGAAUACUAUAAUAUACUUCAUACAACUCAUAAGAAAUUAAAAAAUAGAAGUUUAUCUGAUGCCACAAACUGUGGUUCUUUAGAAAGAAAAAAAGACAAUAAGGAGGACGAAAACACUAUUCCGAAUCAAGGGUCUAAACUCCUCCUUAAUAUUAAUACUGAAGACAAUUUUCAUAAUGAAAAUAAAAAAUGGAGAAAUAAUAACUACAGUACAACAAAAACUCCAAUUUCUACCAACAAUCGGCGUUUUAAACUUGAAUGGUAUGAUAAAAGUUUAAAUUAUUAUCAGAAGGAAGCUGUUCGAAAUGUUUUGGUGGGAACAGCGCGACCACUCCCUUACGUUAUUUUUGGGCCUCCGGGCACCGGCAAAACCGUAACUUUGAUUGAGAUUAUUCUACAAAUUUUGCGUAUGAUACCUCACUCCAGAUUAUUGGUGGCAGCUCCAUCCAAUAGUGCUGCAGACUUGCUGGCAACAAGACUGGUUGAUUCUGGAGUUUUGAAACCGGGUGAUUUAGUAAGACUUGUGGCUUUUAAGUAUGUUUUGGAGAAUUCUGUGCCUCCUAAACUAGUCCCUUAUAGCGCAACAAUUGAUUAUUCCAAAGAAGGAUCAAGGGAAUGCUCAAUAAAUAUGAGGGAUGAUGGGAUUGUUCUAGGUUGUAAUUCUGCUGUGAUUGGAAGGCAUCGAGUUACAGUAGGAACAUGUUCUACGCUGGGUAGCCUUUUUUCUUCUGGAUUUUCUAAAGGCCACUUUACUCACAUUAUAGUUGACGAAGCAGGACAAGCUUCAGAACCUGAUAUAAUGAUUCCUUUAGCUUUUCUGGAUAUACAUAGUGGACAAGCGAUUCUUGCUGGGGAUCACAUGCAAUUAGGACCAGUAAUAUUAUCAAAUAUCGCCCAAUCACACGGAUUGGGUGAAUCAUAUUUGGAAAGACUAAUAAAUCGUUUUCCCUAUUCGAGAGAUAUAACGGGAUUCCCCGAUUCAAACGGAUACGACCCUCGAUUGGUCACGAAACUAAUUUACAAUUAUCGAUCUUUGCCUGACUUAUUAAAACUUUCGAAUCGUCUGUUUUAUAAUGAUGAACUGAAAUCUACGAUAUUGAGUAAAGAUAGUGAAGAAGCUCAGUUGCUGAAUAAAAUAAAAGAAAUUUUACCAGAAAGACAAUCGGAUGUUCCUCCGUGUUUUAUAUUUCAUGGGGUUCUUGGUGAAAAUUAUCAAACUGCAGAUUCACCGUCUUGGUUUAAUCCGAAUGAAGCUAGUCAAAUAUUCUAUUACAUCAACGAAUUAUACAGAUUGGGAAUUUCUGCAGACAAUAUAGGAAUUAUUACUCCUUACAUUAAACAGGUCAGGCAGAUUCGUUCACUUUUAGAUGAUGCAGAAUUUGAGCGGCCUAAAAUAGGAAGUGUGGAGGAAUUUCAAGGACGAGAAUUCCCCAUUAUAAUUUUGUCUUUGGUGCGUUCCAAUGAAAAUCUCGUUUCUAACGAUUUAAAGUACGGUAUUGGUUUCCUUUCUAAUCCAAAAAGAAUGAAUGUGGCAUUAACAAGAGCUCAAGCAUUGAUUAUUGUAAUUGGGAACCCCUACACUGUUGCUACUGAUUAUUAUUGGAGAGAAGUGAUCAAAUUUUGUAUUCAAAAUGAUUCUUAUACCGGGUGUAAAGUUUAUCCUGAACUUUUCGAAUAAAUAAAGACAUCAUUUUUUUUUUAAAUAUUUAAUAUUGUGAUUUGUGAUACGUAGAUUGUAAAAUAAAACAAGUGUCAUUAUUGUUAUAAAAUUAAGUGUAUGUUACCUUUGAGUUUAACAAUUGUAUUUUUAUA